AGUCAUAUAAUAAAGUACAGUCUAACUGUAUCGUUUACGACAGCCGUAGAAGUCGUAGAACAGAGGACAGAGCAAGCACGAAACUUAUGCCAGUAAUGUAUGCGCAAGCUACAGAAAAAAAUACACCUAGGACAUUCCUAACUUUCCCUUUAUCUGCCGAUUGCUUCAAUGAGCCGCUACUCGACAGCGAACAGUUCAGAACGACUACCGCGCGCGCGCGUGGGAGAUUUUGUCCCAUUUGCGCGCGCGAGAGCUUGAGUGCGCGCGAGUUUUUCUUUCCACUUCCUGCUUCCUCUUGACCUCCUUACAGCUUGCCAAGCAGAGGCUUGCUCACAGUUUAUCCAUUUAGGCGCCCUGGUUUAUCUCAAUGUACACCGGCGCGUCUCACAGCUUAUGUACAACAUUUCAAAAUUUCCGAGGAAGAAGUCCAAACAAGAAUACUCACUCACCCGUAAGUAUAUCUUUUAAGAAAAGCAGGCGGUACUAAUAUCUUUUUGGCACAGUGAACUACAGAAUAAUGUCAGGUUUAAUUGAAGUUCCACAGGUCAAUAACGUAACCUUAUUGCAUGUCUGUUUCCUUUUAUCUUACUUCACGACGUGAAAACUGGAUUUCCUGUCAGGUUAGAUUGUGCUAAUCGCAAAAAAAAGCGUAACAAUGAAACAGGAACGCUACUGAGCAGAACCUAUAUAGGAAUAUUGAUCACUCACGGAAAUUUACGUUAUGUUUAUAUUAUGACAGAAUUGUCAUUGUACAAAAUCUCUUGUUAGAUUUCUUUCCGAGACGAUCCAAUCCCGGUUGCAACUUUUCUUUUUUCUUUUUGGCGCGAAGGUAUGUCUAAAUUUUCGGCAGCCUUUCAGGCCAGUGCCUAAACUAACCGUUUCCUUUAAAUUAGCCACUAAUUUGGCUCAUCAGUCACAAUUAUCACAGUUUACUUUGGCCGAAGGAUCUGGUACAAGUUCCACAACGACCAUAACAUGCAUGGCAACAGCGAGCUUAUCGUUUCUCUUGUAGUCAUUAACAUAAGCCGAUUUUGCUCCAGGUCCUACAGUUAUCUGGUAUUAUUUGUUUUAUCUAGAAAAGAAAAACACACAGCACUAUGGCGUGUAGAUUCGAAAAAUUGUUUAUUUUCUUUAGUUUUGUAAAACAAAACUAAACAAUUUGCGCACGAAAGGCGACAGGAGAAGAAGGUUUUGUGAAUACUGACAACAUAUCUGGCGGGGAAUUAUCACUGACCAGUCUAAGACUGGAAAAUUGUUAUCGUUUUGGCAUAACACAUUAGAAGGUAAGAUAUGAAGGUUAAGAUCCGCCAUGCCGCGGAUAAAAGAGCUGACCUUGUGCUUUUUUUUUAGCGCAAGCUGUGUGUGGGUGUGAUUUUUUUUUAGUUUUUCCAGCAAUGCGGUUAGAAGUGUAGAAAUCCCCUGAAAAACUGUCACAAAACGCGCCGAAAGCAUUUCCGCCAAAACACCAGUUGAUAUCGGCACAUUGUAUGAUACGCUGAUUACAAUAUCAAAGAUAACUGCUUUUAGACGAGUACUUUCUUCUUACAAAUUAGCCAACGUUUUGUCGUUAGAGUGAAAAGUUAAAAUAUGGGUCUUAUCGCAACAGUUUCCCAAAUCUAAUAACCACAAUGAUCGACGUGAUUUUGGAACGUCACGUCGGAACUUCCGGUGUUCAAUAUCCAAGCACUGCCGAAAGAGCUUUUAAAAUACACACAACACGUGGAGAACAAUGCCAUAAUGCAGUAAUUGUUGAUCGAGCGCAUUUCAUUGGAUAAAAGAGUGAAUCUCUUUUAGAGUGGUAAAGUGAUUACAUGGAUAGUUCUAUUAUCAUAUAUGUUUACCUGUUAUCUACCUGUGUGGUUUUUUUAUACGUUCGAGCAGCGAUCGUUGAAAAAAGUGAUUGAAAGUCGAUAUCAAAAGGUCACAAAUGUGAGAUGUAAACAUGGUCAAAAUGCGUUUUAUGUGCGAACAACAUGAUGGCGUCCCGAUGACCUUGAGUGCAUCGAUGGAACAUGUAAAAUGUCAAGGUAGCGCCUUUUUGUCCCUGUGUGUAUCCAAGAGGUGACAAAACGCCGAACAUUUGCAUAGGUACGCAAAGGAAUAAAAAACUCACACGGCAGCGAUGGAUGAAAAACGAAAAAACUUCUUCGCUUUAAUCGUUGGCCCAUAACAACAGGAAACCGCAGAAUUGUUUAGAUCGGAAGCGAUUGAGAAAUGCAUGGCUUCUUGCCAGAAUCUUGAGCAUGUAACAACUACAUUUGAUCUCUUUUCUCUGACUAAUUGGCGAAUGCAUUGGUGUUUUGUUUUGUGUGACAUGACAUGCUUGACGAAUCAUGGUGUCAGAUCUAAUUAGUUUCCCUUUCGCAAUACAGCCCUCUGCCCCCACAUUGAGUAGAGGCGGAUUUCAUAAAAAAAAAGAGAAGUUGAAAAGCCGGGGAGGUUGACACUUUCUAGAAUGAGUAGGACGUGUUGACUCCUCCGCGAUUGAAGGAAAGUUGAUCGCAAUGCAUGUCACGUUGUGUUGUUACGGACCUCUCUCUAUUGUUUGAAAUUACAUAAAAUUGGAUGUAACAUGCUUGUGUUCUCGGUAAUUUACAGCCGGCAGGCUUCGUAAAUACGCACGCCUGAUUGGCCAGUGAUCAUGUUAACUGGGAUUUUGAUUGACAGGUAAGUAGCGUUAGAAUGAAAUGGCCAUGUGAGUUCCUUUUCGCGCCACGCCUUCUAGUCAGAAAAAACGCUCUGUGAUUGGCGGUUUUCAAAACGAAACAAAAGCGGCUCGCAGCUCAAAGGAGCCGUGUGUGGAUGCAAGUGACGCAGCGAAUGAUCACACAGUAGUGAAUCAUAGAGAGUCGAUCACAUGUGCUCGCACAACGAAAUUCAUUCCUUCGCAUAGAUCGCCAAGAACACAGUACCUUACUGUGGCUUGCGCCCAGUUUCUCAGGUUCAAUGCGAUUAUUCUGCAACGCUAAAAUGGCCGAAGGCUUGGAUAAGUUAGCUGGGCUGAACAAGAUGCCUUGUCCACAAUGUGCAUGUCAUAACGGCAUCGAUGAUCCAAAAGUUCUCCCGUGUUUACAUACUUUUUGUAAGAACUGUCUUACGUUAGCCGUGGAAGGCGGCCGCUUGAAAUGUCCAAAGUGUCGGCUGAACGUUCCGCUUUCAGAGGCCGGGAUCGACGGUUUACCUACGAACAUAUUCAGCCAUAAUAUUCUCGAUGUGUUAGUGCCGAGCCAGGGAAACAUCGAAACAAGCAGCUUGAUCCGAGCAGUGAUACGCGAUUGUAGCAAUUGCAGUGAGGGAUCAAUGGUUACGGCACAUUGUAAGGACUGUAGUGAAUAUCUAUGUGAUAACUGUGUACGUGCUCACCAGCGAGUACGAAUCACCAAGGAUCACCGAAUCAUUUCCUUUAUCGAAGAAGCCGCAAUGAUGCAAAGCAAAACAACCAGCGCCACUGGCACAUUAGCGGCUUCACCAGUAACUUCAAUCUCGCCACUAGCAACGAUGGCCGAGAAAACUGCUUCUGAUGACUUGAUUCGUUGUGGAAAACAUGAAAAUGAAUUUUUACGGCUGUAUUGUGAGACUUGCUUCACUCCUGUGUGCAGCGAAUGCACUUUCCAUGAACAUCGAGGCCAUAGUUUCCAGUACCUUCGCGAGGCCGUCGAAUCCACUAAGGUGAUCGUGGGAAAGUUGAUCACUGAUGCCAAACUGGAGAUUUGUAAACUGGAAGAAUCCGUCAACUCUUCUCAAGCGAUAGCCGAGCAAGUGGAAUACAGAGCACAGACGGUUUCAAACGAAAUCCGGCAAACGGUACGAAGACACAUGGCUGCCCUGGAAGAGCGAGAGCGCGAGCUCUUACGACGCGUGGAGAAAGUGCGCCAAAUUAAAGGUAAAUCGCUUCAUUUACAGAUUGAUGAACUUAAGACUAGCCUAAGUAAAGUGUUGAGCGUUUGCGAGUCAUCAGAGAGAUCGGCAGAACUGAGCACGGACCCGGAAUUGCUCGUUAUUAAGAACCGUUUAUCAGAAACUCUAAACGAACUGAGGGCCAAGCGUGGCCUGCUACAACCCCACGAAGAUGACGCCAUAUUAUUCACUCCUCCCGAUCAGGCAUUGCAAACGGCUAUUAGUUCUCUGGGGAUUGUUAGUAGCAGCGCUUUUGCUCCCUAUUCCUGUGCCACUGGGGAUGGAUUAAGACGCGGUAUUCGCGGCAAAGUCGCAAUGUUUAUAGUGCAAGCCAAAGACCAUCAAGGCGAAAACCGUUGUAUCGGUGGUGACCCCUUGCGCGUCUUAGUGCAAGGUCCCGAUGGGAUCUUCUACCGAGCUGAGGUUAGCGAUCGGCAAAAUGGAACUUACACAGUUUCUUACCGCCCUCAAGUGACUGGAGAACAUGUUGUUUCAGUAACAAUUCGUGGUCGCCACAUCAAUGACUCCCCGUUCAAAGUCGCUGUUAUUAAGGGUCGCAAUUACUCUGGCGUGGGGCCAGUGGUUCGGUUUUUUGGCUCAGAAGGCGAAGCGGACGGUGAACUUUGUCGCCCGUGGGGCGUUUGCUGUGAUGAAGAUGGCAAUGUUAUUGUGGCCGAUCGCAGCAAUAACCGUAUUCAAGUCUUCGAUUGCUACGGGAAUUUUCGUCUCAAGUUCGGAUCUGCAGGCUCCAGAAAUGGACAGUUCGAUCGGCCGGCAGGGGUAACUUGUGACAAUGAUGGGCGAAUUAUCGUUGCCGAUAAAGACAACCAUCGUAUUCAAGUCUUCAACGCCGAUGGAACUUUCAUUCUGAAAUUCGGCGAGAAAGGGUGCAAGAACGGCCAGUUCAGCUAUCCCUGGGACGUGGCUUGCAGCAAUGAGGGCAACAUUCUAGUUUCGGACACACGCAACCACCGUGUCCAGCUCUUCAACCGCGAGGGCAAGUUCCUUGGCAAGUUCGGCUUCGAAGGCAUCCACUGGAAAGAGUUUGACUCUCCUCGUGGCGUUGCGUUUAAUCAUGAAGGCCAUAUGAUUGUCACCGACUUCAACAACCACCGCUUGCUCGUGAUCAGGGCCGAUUUUCAGCACGCAUGGUUCCUAGGAGUGGAGGGAAGCAAGAACACCGAGUUCCUACGCCCCCAAGGAGUCGCAGUGGACCAGGAGGGGAACAUCAUUGUUGCCGAUUCAAAGAACCAUCGAAUUCAGAUCUUCCAACCUAACGGGAACUUUCUCUGCAAGUUUGGAACACACGGCAGUGCUCCUGGUCAGCUCGAUCGUCCCUCAGGUAUCUGCGUAAGCAACGAAGGAUCAAUAAUUGUUGUAGAUUUUGGCAACAAUCGUAUACAAGUGUUCUAAAAACUAAUAAGAAACGAAGACGUAGUGUAGUUGUGUUUCCACACUCGUGUGAAGUAGAUUUUAUGAUAUAGGACUCGUAAACCUUGAGAUUAAAUAUACUGGAUAAAUUCGACGAGUAAUUCAAAGUUGUAUUUCUGAAUUUAUCGUGUCCGAAUAUGGUGUCAACAAAAUUUGCAUGCCUUCAGAAAUCAGUUAUUUUUACAAAUCGAUCUUUUCCUUUUUCGGUAGGACUUUUGUGGUUUCUUUGCUUCAACAAGUUGUCUUUGAUUUCCAGAGUUGAUUUAUCGCUUACAAUCUGCCAAGAAUUGGACUUUCCUUUUAAGUCAAGUUUGGUUUAUUUUAGUACGCUCAACAGCUCGUUUGUUUCACGCGCUACACACACGUCUUCGUUCGUUCACUGCCAAUUCAGUUCAAAUUUAUCAAGCGGAUAUGCUUGAUGAUAAAUAAAAUUAAAAAUAGGUGGCGCUUUUCGAGAAUAAUAUUUGAAGCCUUGAACGCGUUUGUGGAAAGUAUUUAUUUAAUCCAUUUAUGAAAAUGUUGCUCGACUUGAUGCAAAAAUUGUUGACGAACUUCGAGUUCGUACCGAUAUUUUUUUACACCUUGUAAGCUUAUAUUGUAUUUAAAUGCCACUGCUUUGUUUGAUUAUUUAAUGCGUUUCUCGGGAAAGAAACAACCAAAAGAGUUAACUGUUUGUCUUAGGCUUUCCCUUGACAGCGAAAAGUUGAAGAUUGAGAGAUAAUUUAAUUUGGACGCUGAGCUCAAACAGGCCGGCGAAUGUAAUGAAAAAGAAAAGGUGUGAAGGCUCUCAAUGGAGCUUCAUGUACCAUUCAUUUUUCUGUUGAACAGCGGAAAAGCUUUCGGAAUUUGCUUCAGCCCUGUUUUGUUAAGCGAUGGUAUUGUUAACACUGUUCGAAAUGUUAAAGCAAGUUCUUGAAAUUGUUGUGUUACGUAAAUUUUCAAUGAAGGAAUUGCAAUUUUCCCUUUUGCCUUUCAACGGGUGAAAACGUUGUUUUUCGUUUCCGGAAACAUCACAGUUGCUUUUUGAUACAGUAAAAAUACUAAACGCUUUUCGACAUUGCUGUGUUUUUGUGAAAAAAAUAAAUUACCUCUCUCUUAGAUUUCGGAACACAAGUUUUCCCUGGGGAAGUAUUGUUAUUUUUGAACAAAAAGAAGUCAUGUUCACAAUAUUAUUUAGAUUGAAAAAAACUUUGCCAAAAGCAACGGAUAAUUGCUAACGAAAACGAAUAUCAACUAAUGAUAAUUUGGUUGAAGCGUCGAAAAGUGCUUGCAUAACUUUAGACGAAUUUGCGCGCGCUGGGACUCCAAUUUGUAGUGGUAGACUGUAGUUAGAUUUUAGUAUUAGUCUUUACACUGUCAAACAGAGCUAGAGUAGCUUUCAAACGACUUGAAGUCGUUAUUUCCCAGCCUAAUAAAAUCUAAAAAGAUGUGUUAUUUUUAUUCAAGAACAUUAUUUAGUGUGUCCAUGUACGAUAUAAUAAUUUUCCUCGUAGGACAUUGUCGAAAUAUCAACUUUAAGAUAUGUUAAAGAGAUGUAUAUUCUUAGCGUUCAAUAUGUUCUUCUAAGACUUUCUAAUACUAGCUAUAAUAUUUUGCUUAAGAUGUAAAUGAGAAAUUUAACUAUUUUCUUGGUGAUUCCAAGGUACGACUGUUUCGUUUCAGUUGGAAAAAAACUCAACUGUUAAAUUAAUUCUUUCACAGAAAUGGCACACUUUAUUAGUACGAGAUAAUUUAACUGAAUGUCCGAAUUCAGCGGAAAUGUUCCGUUCAAUAGAUUUAAUAGUUACGCCAAUAUUCUGCAGUAGCUAGUGUGUGAAGUUAAUUUUAAAUUAUAAUAGUUGUUCGCGUUGGUAUCGAAGUUGAAAAUCGAUGGCCCAGAAAAAAUUAAAUUGAUGGCCUAGAAAAUUGUGGGUUGAUUGUUCUCUAUUUUUAACUCAGUAAGAAAGACGGCAGUAGUUUAAUGGUUUUGUUAACAAGUUGUUCUCGGAUCAGUGCGUCUUGGAAUGAAAAAUUUGUAGUUCAGCGUUGAGGAACGAAUGGAUGACAUUUUUUUGAUUUGAAGAAAUCUACAAAUGAGAAACUUUCAACUUGGUUGAUUCUCAAAGGAAUCAAAAUAUUUGAGAUAGAAAAGAACUACAUAAGAUCAAUUUUGCCGACACGUAGCAAGUGACGCCAAGUUAAUUUUUUGAAAAAAAUUGCGCAUCAUAUGUUAUUGUAAUAGGUUCUAAUUCAUAGUUCACGUUUGGAUGAUUUCAUACUAAAUUAAUUCUCAAAGAUUGUUCGAAUGUAUUUUUAAUAUAUAGCAGAGCAGAUGCUGAAAGUUAUCUUUGCAAUUCAUGGUGUCCAAGUUUGAAACAAUUUAUUAUUUAUUGAGUCUUCAGGCUUUUCCUUUCUUCUACUUCCUAAACAAUAUCGCACAGUUUUUUUCGUCGCUCUAGUUCUUCUGUGUGCCAGAAAUCUGUGUACCUUUCAAAGUCAUCUGAGUCUAUUCUAGGAUUGCAAGCUUAUUCACUACUAUAUAUCACUGUACAGAGAUGUUAAAACUUGGAUUUGAUGAAUUGCAAGGCUUCAUAAAUAUAAUUGUGCCAUAAGAAUACUGUUCAAAACAAGGACAGUUAAAUGUUACAUAUAAUAGCCAGGAUUGUUUCAAACUAAUUUAUUGAAGAAUAAAAUUUAUGCAAUUUGAAUUUUUAACUUGUUGUGUGUUCUUCAUUUGGCGACUGCAAAAAUUAAGGUUGUUUUAAAGAACAUCAGUGAGAACAGCAAAUUGCACCAGCUUCUAGAGCACUUUUUGUGGACUGCCUUGUCAAGUGGUGCACAAUUAGGGGCAGCUUCUUUAGCAGGCUGCGAAGGGUAAUUGGUUCAAAAUAGAUAGCUGUCUCAAUACACAGUUGCUGUACUCAAUCACUACACACCCAUUGCUCCUCUACAGCAGUCAUGGAACCUUUGAAAGCCUCUCUCUCUGGUCUUUGACAAGGUCAAAGUAUAAGUUUACAGUGCUUGAUUGACUAUUAGUAAUCUGAAACAUGGACUUGACUUGCCAAUAGCUGCUAGGAAGUGAGUUGAACACACAUGGACACUCAGGGAGGGUUGAAAAUCACCAUCCAGUCUUGUAACUUGGAAUUCAUGGCAGAUAUGUUUGCAAAAUAAAAAUUCUUAAUCUGGAUUGACCCUAAUUAUCAAAUUCUCACAUGAUCUUGGAUAAAAUUUUGCAAUACUAUCUCAGCAAAAAUUUGACCAAGUGUCCCAGAGUCUUCUGUCUCCCAAAGGAUGUGAUGUGAUUUUAUAAUAGGCUAUGGAUUGCCCUUACAAUUUCCCUGUACACUUUGAUAUACCUGGGUGGUAAAAGGCACUAGUAAGUGUCGUGCCAGGCUUUUAAGAGGGACUGCUUGAUUUUAUGUCUAAACACUGACUGAAAAGCCAGGGCACAUGCAUGAUGAGUUUCAAGUUGUUUCCAUUGGGGCUAAAAUGACUACACCCUUGACCCUCAUAAUGAAAAAGCUGUUCUGCCUAUUUUCAUACACGGAGGUUUAAUUUCUGACCCUCCAUUUCUCGACUUUAUUCUGUCCAAGAGGAACUGGCUAACAAUGGCCAGUAACAGAACCUAACUCUGUUCUUACAUUGCUAAUUAAAAAUAAAAUUAUAGUACUUCAGGUGAACUACUGUCCCUCUUGAGCAAGAAAAGUCACAUCUUUGCACUGAGAGCUUUUACAAUACCCCUUUUGAACACUUUAUUCUGGAUUUGUCACUGAUAAGCAAAAUGUGAUAAUGCACUUAAAUAAUUUAAACCUUCAAAUUAUUCUUUCAUUUGUUUGAACAUUUUGUAAAUAUUGAUUUUGGUGAUCCCUGGUAAGAUGAAAAAGUUUCCUCUACAGGAAGAUUUGUCAAAGAUUUUGUUGGCAGCUAAA